AUGCCAGAUAUCAGACAUGGGCCGGCUGCCCAAGAGGCUGGUAAUAAGUGUGUCAAAGCCCCCCAGGUUGCCGGGGUCAAAGUUCAACUGGAGAUGAGUGCACUGUGGAGGCAGUUUGACCAGCUGGGUAUGGAAAUGAUCAUCACUAAGGCAGGAAGGCGGAUGUUUCCCACAUUUCAAGUCCAGAUUUCUGGAAUGGACCCAGCAGCAGAGUACGUUCUCCUGAUGGACUUCAUCCCUGUGGAUAACAAGAGAUACAGGUAUGCAUUUCACAGCUCGUCCUGGCUGGUGGCAGGACAGGCAGACCCUGUGAUGCCAGGCAGAGUGCACUUUCACCCUGACUCCCCCGCCAAGGGUGCCCAGUGGAUGAAGCAGACCGUGUCCUUCGACCAGCUGAAGCUCACCAACAACCUGCUCGAUGACAACGGACACAUAAUGUUAAACUCCAUGCACCGGUACCAGCCUCGGUUCCACGUGGUGUUUGUGGACCCACAUCACAACUACCAGCAACAUCCCCACCAGAACUUCCUGACCUUCUCCUUCAGUGAGACUCGCUUCACUGCUGUCACCGCCUACCAGAAUCACAGGAUCACCCAGUUAAAGAUAGCCAGCAAUCCAUUCGCCAAAGGAUUUCGGUCCAAUGACACAGCUGAAUGCUCUCAGGUGCAAGGAAGUAAGCAAGAGCAGAACAAAGCAAAGCAACGGCACCAGAAGAAGCAGAACCAACAUUCAGAUGUGCCCAUCAAGCCAAACAAAAUCUCCUCCACCUAUGUCCUAGGUCACUCUACCCCCAGUAAACAGUCAUAG